AACGUCACCAAUACCCAGGUAGGAAAACUAUGCGUAUUGAGGAAGCUGCAGUUCCUCCUCAUGGACCAAGUCAGACAAGGGAUGCGCGAUGACACGGGUCGCAUCAAGUCGAGACGGGCCCGGGCUGCCAAACGGUCGCGGAAGGGCUGUCCAGAGUGCCGCCGCCGCAAAAUCAAAUGCGAUGAGCGGCAGCCGCGAUGUGGUCAAUGCCUGAAAGGUGAUCGGACGUGUCAUCUGCAGGACUCAGUGUUUAAGCAGCAUGCCUUUGCACCCGCGGGUGCAACAACUCAUUCGAGAGAAUCGGCGGACAAUGUCGACGAUGCGAGAGGCGCAUGCAGCCAUGAUCCACAUAGUGGUCCAACAGCCAUCACCAAUGAGAUCGGAGUCAACAUCACGCCCGGUCAUUCGUUCGCUUCGAGUUUAGUUGCCCUGGCUCCAUCGGAUCAGCUUGUCGGGGACACUACUCCUCCGUCACUAGGAUCAGAACGCCGUAAUUAUGCUUCAGUGACGCUCGCAGGGCGGACUUCACGCUUGCCCACAGCUACUCUUCAUUCUCAGGGUCAAGAACCACCUACGAGUCCCAACCUUGCAAAGCACUGCGUGCUACCUGAAUGCACCAUAGCGUCGCUCAAGGAUACACAGGAGGAACUGUUCCUCCUUCGACAUUACUCUGAGUGCAUAGCACCAUGGAUGGACUUACUGUAUCGCUACGAGGUCUUUAGCCGCGAAGUGUUGACUCUCGCUCGCGAGCACUCCAUUUUGCGCUACGCAGCAUGCGCGGUCGCCGCGAAACAGCUGGGUCAGAUGAGAGCACCAGAGUCGACGGUGCUUCGUGGGAAAACUCAGGAGCGAAUCGCAGAAAGACUCGGCCGCGGCAGGCUCGGUUUCACAUGGUACGGAAUAAAUACUACGAAAAGGCCAUACAAACGCUCGUCAAGUCAAUUACCCCAAAGGAAUCUCAAGCCACUGGAGGCAAUCACCCAUCGCCUGCAGUAUCGCUUUCGCGAGGAGACUUGAUGAUUCGCGCCGAUGGCGAGGACCCCAUCGUCCGACUUCUGGGCACGUGCAUUUUGAUCCAGUACGAGCAUCUAAGUGCUAAUCGUGAUGCUUGGUCUGGCCACUUGACGGGUUUCUCGAAGCUUCUCGACCUCAUCGAUGAUGGAAAGUUGCUCGAGCAACACCCAAUCUACGAGCAAGUGUACCCUUGGACAAAGGAUAUCAUGGAGGUCAAGGCUGGCUUCUGGAAUUUUGUCGUGAAUGACCUCGAAGAGUCCUUCGUUUCACACCGACGGACGCGCAUCAAUACGGACAACCUCGCGCUAUGGCGAAACAUGGGACUUCUCGCCGAAGACAAUGGGCGAUUGACUCUAAGCUCGGGUCCGAAUAGCCUGUCUACCACCGCAGAACACGCUCGAGACAAAGUUCUUUCUUACACGCUCAUCCGGCUACUAUGCAAGCUGGUGGAAACGUUGGCCCCAUUACCAGAGUGGAACUCGGCAGCGGCAACGAUAGACAUGGAAACGAAUACCACGGCGCUUGCCUUGUUGAGUCUGGAAUGUGAGUUUGACGCCUGGUUUGAGAUGCUCUCGCCUUCGUUUUAUCCCGAUGGCAACUUUCUCACCCCUGAGGAUGAUUAUGGGGCGGAAGCGUCGGGGCUAUUCAGCCAGGAGAUUUGGUUCAGUAACGAUCUGUGUUCUACAACCAUGAUGUACUACCACAUGGCGCGCCUGCUCUUGUUGAUUCAUCGUCCCUCGCAUCUUCUUUCAGCGUCGACUACAGGCAGCGCUGUGUGUUUUGACCUGUUGCACGCGUUCCGCGCAACACAGCAGAAACUACGGUUUCACGCGACUAAAGUCAUCUCAAUUGUCCGCGGAACACCGUGCGAUGCAGUCAGGUUGAGGGCUAUUCAGCCAUUAUACGUCGCUGGCAGGUGCUGUGCAAAUAUUCAAGAAAGAAAGGGCCUGGUCGACAUUCUCACGAGCAUCCAGGAUAAUCUUGGGAUCGCGACCGGAUAUAGGGUGCAUGCCUUGCUCCAAGAAUGGGGGAUGUCAUACCAAGAGUUGGGGCUGGAAGGAAGGCUCACUGCCGAUGAGCGCUUGGAAUGA